AUGUGUGAUGUGUUGAGAGAAAUCGCGGGGGACGCGACCCACUUCGCCACAGACGUUGAUACAGCCUACUGUGCGGCUGCCACAGCUGGGUGUGAGGUCAAACCACGCUACCAGCGCUUGCGCAAGGCGGCCGGAUGCCGCGUUGACACGGCGCGGCUGCGGCUGACUACCUUCUUCUUCUGGGUGAUCUCCGUGGAGUGCGAGCCGCACGUCUGCGCGGACGAGCGGGAGUGGCGACGCUACCUCGGCAUCGCCCCCACACCCGGCGCGGCGCGCCCCGCCGACGACGCCACAGAGGAGAUCGAGGCAAAGGCGCGCGAGAUCGCCGCGCAGCAAAACGAGAUCAAGCACCCGGACGGCGCCUUCGCCUUCCUCAUCGCCGCCCUCUACCUCUUCUUCGAGAUGUUCCGCCUCACACCCGCCAUCAAAUUGUGGCGGCAUCCAGCACGUGCUCUCGCCGUCGGGCACGCAGCCAUCCGCAUCCUCCUCCGCAUCCUCCUCCGCGCCGACAUCGCCGUCGACCUGGUGCCAAAGGAGGCGGCGCGCGAGGGCGUGCGUGCCGCGCUGGCGAGCGGCCUCGCCAUCUUUGUCGCCGCGGGCAUCUUUGUCCGCGACGACGGCGCGCACCGCGGCAGCGGCGAGGACAACGGCCCGCUCGCGCCGCUGCUCCAGGAGGCGCGCGCAAGGGGCAAGCUGCCCAGCGGCGCGAGCGACGAGCGGCUCAUGGCGCACGUCAUCUACGUACUCACCGUAGGCUCUGGCGCCACCGACGGGCGCGCGCGCGACGGCUCGGCGCUCACCGUCGAGAGCGAGAGCGGCGAGUUGAACGCCGCCCUCGAGGAGCGCCUCGAGUCGGCCGAUGCGCGCGCGAAUUUCGCGCGCGUGUUCGACUACUUGCGCGUGCACAGCGGCCAGCGCUUCAGCCUCCGCCUCGUCAUGAACCAUGCGGCGAUCGACGGCAAGGUCUCGGCGCGCGACUUCUCCAACAUCAGCUGGGCGGACAAGGAGCAGAUGGAGGAGUUUGUGCUCUGCGAGGAGCUGUGGCGCGGGAUCCGCUGCCCGCAGUCGGACGACGAGCGGGAGGAGAUGAAGAAGCAGAUGGGGAAGCACGCGUGGAGCGGCCUCGCCAACGGCGACUCGCCUCUCUUCGUCGGCGUCGAGAUCUACAUCCUCUUCCUGGACGGCAGCAAGGAGCUGGCCGCGCUGCUCAAAGAGGUGGGCUCGCCGGUGCGCGGCGUGAAGCCGCUCGGCCUGCGGGAGGUCGCGGAGGGCAGCCUCGUCGACUCCAAGCUGCGCGAGACGAUGCCGCAGCGGGGCACGCUGCUGCACGUCCCGCCCGACGCGGGCUCCCUCCGCAAGGGCCUCGAGCGCGCGUGCGGGCGGGCGUACGACGACAUGCGCAAGGCGACCGCGAUUGCCGCGCGCUCGACCGAGGGCGUGCUGCGCUCCUCGGCGCUCGUCAUGCUCGAGGCGCGCGUCGAGCAGGUGGCGCUCUACCUCGAGCAGUACAAUGCGCUGCUGCGCUCUGACGCUUCCGGCGCUGUUGCGGCGCUCGACCCGGCGCUGCUCAAGGCGGCGACGCGCGCCGAGGCGGCGGCGGGCUUGGAGGCGCGACUGGGCGCAACGUACGAGGAGGCGGUGGAGGCCGGCGCGGCAGCAGUGGCCGGCGCGCCGGUGGCCACGAAGGCCGAGCUGGAGGCGCGCGAGGCGGAGCGCUCCGCGGCGGCGGCGGAGCUCUGCACGGCGCUCUUCGGCUCGCCCAAGCUCGAGCCGCUGGAGGCUGCCGCCGCCGUCGGCCGCGCCGUCAAGGCGGGCGUGGCGGACGCGGAGCUGCUCGAGCGCGCGGCGGCGGAGCUCGCGACGCUGCGCGAGGGGCUGGUCGCGUCUUACCGCGCCCACUCCAAGCGGCCGCAGGCGCAGCGCGAGGCGGCUGAGGAGCUGGUCGCGUCUUACCGCGCCCGCUCCAAGCGGCCGCAGGAGCAGUCCCCCGACAGCGAGCCUCCAGCAAAGCGGCCAGGCAACCCACGACGAACGGAGGCCGCCGCGGCAGAGCUGCUGCGGCUCGAGGCCGAGGCCUAUCGCGGCAGCCUCGGCAAGGUCGAGCAGGCGAAGCUAACCAAGAUGCAGAGCGACGUCCAGCGAAGCCAGUUGAGGGGGCAGCGGGCGGACGAGGCGCACGAGAAGGCCGUGACGCGGGCAAUCGAAAACUGCCCCGCCUUCUGGAAUGGCCGUCGAUACCAGCUCGACACGGCCAUUCCAGGCACGGAUGACGACACGCCACGCAAGCGUGUUCUACGGCUGCGUGCUGAGCUCAGGGCGAGGAGCUUGCCCUUCUCCGCGGCCAAGCUCCUGGCAGCCGAUCCGACUCUCGAGCAGGACUUGGGCCUUGUGCCGAGAGUCGUCGCAAAGCUCCUCAACCUUGAGAAGAGGAAGGAGGGCAAGGCGGCGGCAUGA